CGUCCCGCCGCCCCGGAGAGGAAGCGAUCACGCGUCGGGGCGUAUAAGUAACGGGGCCACGGGCGGGACGCGGCGGUGACCCAGAGGAACCCAGGAGGACCCCGAGGGAAGGUGGAGGGCUGAGGCGGCGUCCCCAGCACUUGUACGACGCAGCAGCCAUGAUGAUGUCCGUGCCCACCGCGGAGAAGCGCCCCCUCAAGCGUCAGAAGCUGGGCCCUCCUGACGUGUACCCCCAGGACGCCAAGCAGAAGGAGGAUGAAUUGGAUGAUGUGAGUGUGAAGCAAGGCUUCACCCAUCGGCCACAGAUUCAAGAUGAGUACAGCAGCGCCAAGAGCACAUCCAUCACCCCAGCCAAGGUUGCAAACUACUUCAAUGCCAUCCUCAAGAAAAAGGCAGAGUGCAACCAGCUUCCCGAUACUGCCAGGAAGAAACAGCAGAUCAAUAUUAAAGACAACUUCUGGCUUGUCACACCAAGGUCCAAAGCAGCAAUUGAGGCCUGGUUCAAAGAUCUUGCUGGGUCAAAGCCUUUGACUUCUCUUGCUAAAAAGGUUCCAAUAUUCAGCAAACGAGAAGAUAUGUUCCUGACGCUGUGCGAGUAUUCAGUUCCUAUGUUGAGGGCAACCUGGUUUAUCAAAAUGACAUCUGCUUAUCAUGAGUCAAAAGUAGCAGAAUCAAAAAUAAAGAAACGACAGCAGCCUGACAUUGCACAAGAGUGGACCCAGACUCUCACCAGACUCUUGAGGGAGCAGCUGAACAAAAUAGCGGAGAUAUACCUUGGCAACCCGAACUCCUCCGCGGCCACCCCCCCUGUGGGAGCACCACCGGGGAGCACAACGCCUGGGGGUACGCUGACAUCACCCGCGUCAGUGUCAAGCAACCCAGGCAGCACACCAACUCAACCUCCACAGUCCUCACCACACAACCAGGGGGUAUCAGGGUCCUCCAGUGGGGCUACAACAACAGGUGCACCCGGGCAAACCACAACAGCCCAGCUGGCUCAUGUGUUGCGCAACUGGAAUUAUUGCCUUCAGCUUGCCCACUUCAUGUACCAGGAAGGGCUCCUUGAUCGUCAGGAGCUUUUAGAGUGGGUUGUUGAAGCAUUUGUGCGUUGGCGAGGACCAGAACACGAUGUAGUUAUGAGGGUGGUGUUGCCCUUGCCUCUACAAUACUUGGAUGAAAUAACACAAUCUGAGUAUCUUUCCCGCAAGUUGGCGCACUACUCGGCUGCCAAACUGACACAGCUCUGCCACGAUUCAGGUUAUUCUUCACCAAGACCUCAGUCACCUGUUAAUCCAAGCAGUAAUGGGAUAAAUGUGAGUUCUCAGACAACAGGUAACAAUCAGCCUGCUGGACCCACUGUCAACCCCCUGAUGGCCACCUUCCAGGAAUUGCUGUCAUGUCACCAGCACCGCCCAGUUGUCCGGGCAACCUCCUGCUUCAUUCAGGCAAUUACACUUGACUGCCCAACUGCCAUGGUAUGGAACAAUGCCGGAGAAGGGAAGGCAUCGUCAUGGCUCACUGGCUCCCCUCUGGACCUUCUUCCCUGCCCUCCCUCAGACCUGCCCAUGCCCCCACGCUAUAACAACCAGCACGUCAGGGCACAGCUUCGCAUGAUGGAGGAACACAUCCGCCAGCGAAGCCGUGCCGCAGAGAACAGAUGGUCACUGGAUAAGUAUGCUGUUAAUGUGGCUGGAUCCACCAUCAACAGGGUGCUUGGUGCGCUGGACUCCCUUGACCGCCACUGCUUCGAUCGAGUUGACUCCAAUAACUCUCUUGAUACUCUCUACAACAAGAUAUUUGGUUCUUCAAAGGAAACAACAAAUGAGAAUCCAAGUAGCAACAGCAGCUGUAGCAGUAGUGCAUAUCCUGGAAACAACAGUAGCAGCAGCAGCAGCAGCAACAAUGCGGCCAACAACAGCGAUGAAGCAAUUGUGAGGACGCUAUGUGAGUGGGCCGUCUCGGUGCAGCGCUGCGGAGAACACCGAGCCCUGGUAGUUGCUCGACUCCUAGAGAAGAGACAAAAUAACCUGUCACAAGCUGAAAAUGACAUGCCAGAUGAAAAAGACUCUGUGACCUCAAACCAGAUGGCAACACCGGGGGGAUGCACCUUUCAGGGAUUGUUGCUGAAGUUUUUGGACACCCAGGCACCUGUUUACGAUGAGAAUGCAUUGUCUGUCAGAUCGCAGGAGUUUGGCAACUUGGUACUCUUGUUUUCGGAGUUGAUUCGUCAAGAUGUGUUUAGUCACGACACUUACAUGUGUACGCUCAUCUCUCGAGGCGACCUUGCCACAGGAACGCCUGACCUCAAAGCUGACUCUUCAUUUGGGGAAAAGAAAGAAGAUGGUACUGACAACAUUGACGAUGACCUCGGGAAGAUAUUACAGAAGAUUGCAGUCAACACCAGCUUGGAAGAGUCAGGGUCAGGAGGGAGAGGGGAUCUUGGAGGGGAGGGCAAACAACGGCCUCCCAGACACCUGGUGUAUGCCCAACACUUUCCACUCCCACAAGACGAUGCUUACAUGCAUGAGAUCAACCAGCGCUAUGUUUUACUUUAUGGAGUGGGCAAGGCAAGAGACGAGGCGCGAGCGGCAGUGAAGAAGUUGACCAAAGAAAUAUGCAAACUAUUCAGUAAAAAGUGUAGCAACGAUAUCGCUGAAGGUGGCAAAGUAAAGAAAUCAUCACGUGGAGAGUUCAACUUUGAAAACAUCCUCAGCCGCUUCUGUACUUUAUCAUAUUUUGACCAGCACCACAUCACCAGCACCGUGGCCUCCCUGGUUUUGGAAAUGCUAUCUGGCUGUGGUUCUGGCAUGUCUAACUAUCUGCCAACUCAUGACCAUAUUGCCUUCCUCAUGGAUCUCAUGGAGGUGGCCCUCAAUGUGCAUGGCCUCAUUGAGCUCUGCAUCCAGAUGAUCAAGGAGGUCAGUGAGAUAGAGGCUCAGCUGGUGGAGCGAGGAUGUCAGGCAAUCGGGUACUGCCCCACUCUGCUGCUCCAUGUGGUUGGGGUACUCAGGAAAUACCAUUGCUGUUUGUUAGUCUCCCAGGAACAAACCUCGGCUAUUUUUGAGGGCUUGUGUCGUCUAGUGAAGGCCAAUCCCUCAGAAUGCACCUCCCCUGAGCGAGUGGUCUUCUCCUACCUAUAUGAUCUCUAUGCCUCCUGCUCAUUUCUCAAGUCCAAGCACCAUGAGAUAUUCUCUGCUAUGUACCCCAAGCUGAAGCAGACUCUCUACGCCAGCAUCAACCCCGCCCAAGGCACCUACAGAUGGAAUAUGCAGUUCAUGGAUGAUUACAUAAAAAACCCAAAAUUGAAGAUUGAUCCAGGGGUACCGAAGCAGCUUGCAGACCCCACCAAUCGGUACAGCUUUGUGUGCAAUGCGAUCAUAGAUGCUUGCUCCCCCAACACAUCCAAUGAAAAACUGAAUGAUAUGGCCAUCCUCUGUGCUGAAUUGACCGCAUCCUGCAAUGCAUUAUCAGCUGAAUGGUUAGGAGUCUUGAAUGCCCUUUGCUGCUCCUCCAAGGACAGCCCAGGUUACAUUGAUGUACUGGGACAGGUGGGCCUUCGAGACCCUCUCUCCACACCCACCAUCCACAGUUCCUUGGCAGUGUUUACAGCCAUACUCAUAGCCCGUCACUGCUUCACUCUCCCAGACUUCCUCAAGUGUGUUGCUUUGCCUUCCUUGAUGGAAGCAUGGAAUACAGGGGAGGGCAACCCGGACGCUGAGCCUGGUGCCCGACUCACCUGCCACCUGCUGUUGAGAAUUUUCAAAAGUGUGGAUACGCCCCAGCCUGCUCAAUACUCCGCUGGUUCUUCUCAGAGUGUACCUGCUGGUAUGUCACAGCGCAGCAUUCGCCUGAGCUGUGACCGCCACCUGCUGGCUGCUGCCCACACAGCCAUCACUCUGAGCCCUCUCUUGGCUGUCCUGAAGGCAAUGCUAAUUGUCAGUGAUGUUUUGAGUGGGCAGAGCAAAAGUCAAGCCUCAAUAUCUGACAUUCUUGGAACAUCGGACUUGGGCAGUGGCUCAAAUGACUCUGACAUGAUGGGGAAGGAUGCCGAGAAAGCCAGUCUAGCUGAUUUUGCACGCUAUGCUCUAAGGCAAAUUUGCUCCCAAGAAUGGGUCAGGGAGCGCUGCCUGAAGAUUCCUGAAGAGCUGUGCAGUGCCGAGAACCUCCUGGACAGUGCCCUUACACCCAGACAGGCUCAAAGAUUGUUGCAUCAGAUCUGCCACCCUGACUCACCCAGCAAUCAUAAUGACUCCUCUCAAGAUCAACACACCAUCAUCUCCCACAUUCUUCAGGAUCUUGAUGAAUGGAGCUUGAGGAUCUCGUGGCUGGAUCUGCACCUGAUGUAUGAGCAACAGCGAGGGUCAGCCCAGGAACUGAACACAUGGCUGGACAAUGUUGCUCAGGCGGCCAUCGAGGUGUUCCAUCUCAACCACGACCAGGACCAGUCACCCAUGUCUCCCUCUCUCUCUGGACAAAAAACACGAAAACCUCAGUCAAUAAUGCUUGUAGCUCCACUCAUCUCCAAGCUUCCUAAGGCUGUCCAAGGCAGAGUGUUGAAGGUUGCAGGUCAAGUUCUGGAAUCUGUCAACUUUGGUGCCUACUCUGGCAACUCCAAGCCAACGGACGAUGAAGCCACCACAGUGGAGGGUGUGGUGGCCAGCCCUCCACCCAGCCACAGCCAGCCGAGCAGUGUCAGCAGCAGCAAUGGGAUGGAGAAUGUGUGUGGGGGCAGGUCUCUGGGACACUGGCCCCUGGCAUCUCACCGGCCCUUCCUGCAGCUGGUGCUAAUGUGUCUUGAUGGCCAGGAUGACCAGCUGUCAGAGCUACUUGAAUCUCUGAGAACACAACUCACACAGUCACUCUUCUACCCUAAAGAGGAGAAGCCUGGGGCCCUGCAAGUUACGUUCCCUGAAGACUGUCGCAGUCGACAACUAAUGCUGGAAGCCCUGAGUUUGAGGUUUGCCCUGGUGGGAGGACUGUUUGAUGUUAUCACCUCCUCCUAUUCAAACUCCAUCAUCACUGAGUGGGCACUGCUGCUGGUCCAUCUUAUCAUCUUUGGGGUCAUUGACCUAACAAACAACAGUGAACUGUUCAACACGGUGCUGGACAUGCUGGCAACGCUGAUUCACUCCACCCUGAUGUCUGACGCUCCGUCUGAAUCUCGAGAGGAAAACAGAAGACAUUAUUACAACUUGGUCAAGAAGAUAAAAAAGGAUAUUGGUGAACGAAACAAUGUGUCUCUGCGUUUGGUGCGGCAGCUUAUUCCACUACCAAAGCUGCAAGCUGAAGUGAUCACCCUUGAGCCAUGGGGAUCCGUCACAGAUACUAAAGGCAAUCGCUUACAAGAAUUUGAUAAGGACAAAAAACAUGGACUACAAGCAGCAGAAAAGCAAAAGCUCAGUCCAUGGGACCUACUUGAUGGCCACCGUAACCCAGCCCCCCUCUCCUGGGCCUGGUUUGGGGCCACACGACUGGAGCGCAAACCCCUCAAAUAUGAGGAAGCACACCGCUUGCUGAGGUUCCACGCACACACUGUGACCAAGCCUCUUGCCUACUACCUGGAGCCGCCGCCCCUUCCACCUGAAGACCUGGAGCCAGUGCCAGACAAACAGCAAGUAAAGGAGGAAGUUAAAGCUCCUGACACUCCAACCUUAGACCAGUCCCCACGAGGCGCCUCGAAGCGGGGAUGCAAGAAUCAGCGCCCACGUCGCCGUCCGUCACGUCCAGUACCAAGCGUCAACAAUAUGGCCAGUGUUAGUCCCACAAUGCAAGCUAUGCCCUACCAGGCUGCAGGCUUCACUGGACCUGCACCCAACCAGUGGAACACAGGAUUUGGUCAGCAGCAGCCGCCCCAGCAGCAGCAGCCAUUCUUCAGUCAACAGCCCUUGCCUCCAGCUGGUGGUGCCAGGUUCUCUUCACCCAUCUCAAACAGCAGAGUGGCCAUUCGGCAGAUGCUUGGCAAUCGUCAAGCAGGUCCCCCUGCGAUAAUGACACCUCAUCCAUCCAACCCUGCCUUCGCCAACAUCCCCACUGGGGCCAUGCCUGGGAUGGCACGUCAGGGGCCCAUGAUUAGACCUGGCUUACGAGGGGGCAUUGCAGGGCCUCAACAAGGGCCAAUGUAUGGUGGUGGUGGACCUAUGCAGGGAGGGCCCAUGCCUCAGGGAAUGCCUGGCCAGGGUGGCCAGAUGUACUCUGCUAUGGGGGCUGGAGGACCUGGAGGACCCCCAGGUGGCCCGGGUGGACCAGGUCAAGGCAACAUGGGUCAAUAUGGGUCAUACCAACAAGGUCCCAUGCCUAGUGGUCAGAUGAUGACCCAAGGCCCAGGGGGAGGGAGUGUGCCUACAGGACCUGGUGGCCCACCCACCACCAUGAUGGGUCAGGGGUACCAGCCAGGCUACCAGGGUAACCCCGCCAUGAUGGGUCUCCGCCAACAACAGCCUGGAGGAGGAUACAUUGGCCAGGGGAUGAGUCCUUCGCAAAUUGUUCAGCGACCACAGUACAUACAAGGUCCUAGUGCCAAUGGUAGCAUGGGUAUGAUGGGUGCAAACCAAGGUUACACUAGACCAGGAAUGCAACCCAUGGGGCCAGGACCUGGUCAAGGUAUGGGUCCUGGUGGACAGGGUAUGGGCCCUGGGGGGCAAGGAAUGGGACCUGGAGGGCAACCAAUGGGUCCAGGUGGCCAGGGUAUGGGUCCAACCAGUAACCCUAUGAUGAGACAACGCAUGAUGCUGGGUGGGGGGCCUGCCUCAGCCACACAAGCCGGGCCUGGUGGUCCUGGGCAAGGGGGAACCCUGCUGUCUCAUCUGCAGCGUCCUAUGGGUUCAGUACAGCAGCAGCAACAGCAACAGCAGCAACAACAGCAACAGCAACAGCAACAGCAUCAGCAGCAACACCAGCAGCAGCAGCAGCAACAGCAGCAACAGCAGCAGCAGCAGCAACAGCAGCAGCAACAACAACAGCAACAACAGCAACAACAACAGCAGCAGCAACAGCAGCAGCAGCAGCAACAACAACAACAACAACAACAACAGCAGCAGCAGCAACAACAACAACAGCAGCAACAACAACAACAACAACAGCAGCAGCAGCAGCAGCAGGUAAUGCACCCAACUUCCCAGAGCCUUGGCUACCCACAGCAACCACCUUAUUAGUCCUUAGUGUUGUGAAGUAUCUGUUUAGAAUGUAUAUUUUGAAUUGAAGGUAUUAGUAGAGUUAAGAAAGCUGUCUUUGUAGUAAGAAAUCAUAUUAGCAGGUUUCUUAUAUAAAUAUUGAUACAAACUAAACUUUACUAACCAAGUAUUUCAGUAACUAAAGGUGGGGAAUGUAGCAAGUAUUUGGCACCACAGGCAACCCUCACUCAUUUUUGUUUUAAGUCACUCGUCAUGUGAACAAGUAUUUUCAUAUUAGCCAAUUGGUGCUCAAUUUCAGUAGCCAUUUCAAUUAUACUUUUUUUAUCAUACCCAAACUAUGUUUAUAAAUAUCACACCUAACCAUUUACUGAUAACAUCAUAGACAUUUACAAAACAUUGAGAAACAAUAACAAUGUAUGAACUUCAGAAGUCUUCAACAUCAGCAGCCUUCAAAGAUGUUGGGUAUUCAGUGGCAGUACCUCGGCAAUGGGGGGCUCAGAGCUACUUCUCAGUAAAGGGCAGCCCUGUUAUCAUUCCAUCCAUGAGCCUAAAUGUCUGGAGUGAACAAAAGAGCAUUGUCUCUGUUUUGCUUCUGUUGUAUUCUGUGAAACAGAGUACCAUAAUAUAGAAUUAAAAAAAUUCAAAGCACAUAUGAAAAUUCUACCGAGAAGAAAACAUCAAUCCCCUUCAUUAGAAAAACUGCAAUAACACUGAAAAAUCUUGAAAUGUACAGCAACUUCUCGGAAUCGAUCCUGGGCUCUCAGAAUGAAGUCGUCAGGGCAUCACACCAACCGAGCCACUAAAAAGCUGAAUAGGUCAUUCAGAGACAACAUCAACCUUAAUUUCACAUCCAUAUUCAUGGUUAAGAACGUCAGUACCAUUCCUGAGGGCCCUAACCCACAGAGGGGGAUCCCCCCUUGAAAUUGACACAACAUGCAACCACAAAGUGAAAAAGUACCUGGACAAACUCAAGCCGAACAAAUCAACAGGACCUGACACCAUGUUUCCACAGUUAUUGAAAGAACUUAAACAGCAAAUACUUCAGCCCCUCACUAGAAUAUUUAACCAGUCUUUACAACUAAGCAAGGUCCCAGAAGACUGGAAAAUAUUGAAAGACAGAUGGACACAAUAUCUGGAAGCAGUAGGUACUCUUGAGUGAUGGCCAGUUUGGAUUCAGAAGUGAAAAGUGAUGGGUCACCAAUUUGCUGAGGGUGAUUGAUGUGACACAAGAAGGACACGGCUGGGCAGACUGUGUAUACCUAGAUCUAGAAAAAGCCUUCGACAAGGUACCUCACAAGCGAUUACUGUGGAAGUUAGAGCAUAUAGGAGGCCUAAAAGGGAGCCACCUGGAGUGGGCGAGAGACUUCCUAAAAGACCGACAGAUGAGGACAGUAAUAAAAGAGAGCAUGUCAGGGUGGAGGGUGGCAACAAGUAGAGUUCCGCAGGGCUGAGUACUGGCACCAGUAAUGUUUCUAAUGUACAUCAACGACAUGGUGAAAGGGACAAACAGUUAUGCCAGCCUGUUUGCAAUGAUGCAAAAAUCAUGAAGGAAAUAAAAAUGGAGGAGGAUUGCAAAGGGCUGCAGGAAGAUCUUGACAGAAUUUAUGAAUGGAGCCAGGAGUGGGAAAUUAAAUUUAAUGCAAAGAAAUGCAAGGUAUUAGAAAUGGGCACCAGUACCAAAAGGCCGACAUGGGACUACUUGAUGGGAAAGGAAAAUAUCCAUAAGGCAAAAUGGGAAAAAGACCUUGGGGUGUUGGUCCAGGACACUCCGUCACCAGAAAACACGUGGACAAAAUUGUUGGAGCAACGUACAAGAUGUUGACGAACAUGAGUGGCGUGUCACUACAUGGACGAAGAGAUGAUGAAGAAACUGAUAGUAGCCGUGAUUCGUCCAAGAUUAGAAUAUGCAGCAGUAAGAUGGUCCCCACACAGAAAGAAGCACAUACACAAGAUUGAAAGAAUCCAGAGAGCAGCACCAAGGCAGACUUAAUGUACCAAGAAAGAUUGGAAAAGUUGGGGCUUUCAUCCUUAAAAGAAAGAAGAGAGAGAGGUGAUAUGAUUGCAGUUUUCAGGGUGAUGAAGGGAAAAAGCUUGAAAGAUAUAAGAAAUACAGCUUCCCUCAAUAGAUGCAUCGACCAGUGGAACAGUCUAGACAAAGAUGUUGUUCAAUCCAGAAACAUAAAUGACUUUAAAGCAAAGUUUGACCAAUUGAGACUCAGAGACGGGACCACACAAGCGUAGCUCACUUCCUAUAUUUCACAAUUAGGUAAACACACACACAAGCAGGUAACACUGAUCCUGAUUCUGAUCAAUAAUGCGCAGGGCACCAGAGUUGGUGCGUAACACACAUAACACUAUAGUAUGGGAAAAGUGUUUGCAUUACUCAGCUCACCAGGAACACAAUACUCACAUAAAUUGAGAGGUCCCUGUGCAUGAAAGUUAUCCAUUGCUACCACCAGAUGUUUCUCCAAUCAAAAACAAAUAAUGUUUGAUAGAAUGAUCUACAAAUAUACAAAAUAAUUAUUUUAGUAGAAUUAGUGUUGAAACAUCAAACCACAUCCACAUAAGAUUUCAGGUUGAGACGGUCUAACAAAAAUUUAAUGGCUAAAUAAUCACUGUAUUGUAGUGAAUAAUGACUGACAUGAGGAGCCAAAGGCUUGACUGCGCACACGCUUGGACACGUGUCAGUCAGACAUGGUAGUGGUGGGGGAAAAAUACUUUUCCAUGACCUCACCGUAAUGAAUCAGACACCGAGGAAACCAGUUGUUUCUGCAUAGUGCAGAAGGAUUCAAGUAAGGAAUGUCAUUUUAAUAUAUGUACUGCUUCAGUAGUUUUCAUUAAUUUGAAGUGGAAAACUUGUGAGCUCAAGCAAAAAUGCUCUUGAGAGUGUGUAAGGCAAGCCUCAGACCUGCCCGGCCUCUAGGGGUUAAUAACAAAAAUAUGACCAAAGGUCACAAAAAAUAUUUUCUACUCAACACACGACUAUGCAUAAUGUUGCAGUUCAAAGUAUUUUUGGAUGUUUCAAACAUAGCAUUAAGGGAGGAAGAAGGAUCUGUUUAUAUUUGAGAGAACAAAUGCUAAAAUACUUUAAAAGCAGCAUCAUGCAUAACCCAAUAUAAAGUGAAUCUAUAAAAUUAUUGUAGAAGUUGGAUAAGUUCAACAUCAGGAAGGAAACAGGCACUGGUUCAUGAACAGGGUGAUGGAUACGUGGGUGGAUCAAACUGAUCAGGUAUGUAGUUGAGGCGGCUAACAAAAUUAGAGAUUUAAAUGGAGGUUAGAUGUGUUCAUGGAUGGGAAGAGUAUUCGGUGAAUAACGCACCUUCAGGAGCUGCCAUGUGUAGGCCGUCUGGCCCCUUGUAGUCUCAACUAGUGGGCUGAGACUGACAGUCAGGCCCCAUCAAGAAAGUCUACCAGUGCUGUAGCUUGAAUGUAAAAAAAUAUCCUUGUGGGUAAUACUUUUUUCACUUUAGCUUCUAUUUUUGUGAUUAUAUAAUACUAUAUAGGAAAUUAUUUUCUUUAUGUAAAAUAUGAUCCAGCCUAUCUUGAACCUAUACAUCUCCAUUGACUUCUAUCUGUAUUUAUUUCCAACACCCUUGUUCCUUUAAGGGGGUGGUCACAGCAGACGUGUCUCCAGCACCCCUUCUCAGCACACUUGUUCCACAGCCUACGAACUCUUCCUCUCUAAUAUUUAUCCACUCUAUUGAUGGUCUCCACCUGGCACCUUCUGCUUGGACCUUGCCUUCAUGUACCACCUUCCCAAGUCAUCCUCAUUCAUUUUCAUUACAUAUUCAAAUACAGGUAACUCGAUUUACGCGAGUAUUGUGUCCUUGCAGAGAUCGCGUAAAUAAAAAACCAUAGUAAAUCAAACAAGAGGUAGGUUUGUACCUUUAUUGCCUACUGUAUCACUCUGACUCUUCUCCCUCUCGUGGUUCCUCCUCUGGCUGCCCUUCCCCUCGUGGUAGCGCAGCAGCGAGGGUGUUGUUGUUGAUGAGUAGCGUGGCAGCGUGGGUACUGUAUUGUUGUUCAAGUGGCGCGCAGGAAGAACUGAGCUCAGCUGUGUGGCCGCGGCGCCGUGUGAGUCCAGUUGUGUGAAACACCUGGUGGCCACUCCAUAAAAUAUCACAUAUAAGUGAAAAAAAAUGUGUAAAUUAAACAUUUAUUUGGAUUUUGGACAACGUGUUAUUUCAAAAACACGUAAACCAAACUCGUGUAAAUUGAGUUACCUGUAUCUCGGAGCACACUUCACCCAUUCAGUCACUCGACAAUCCACUCCCUUUACUGUUACACUCAGACAAACCUCACAUAUAAUUUUAUUAUUUUGCCCAUUCCAUCAUGACACACCACUUGCACCUUUUAUAUAGCUCAUUUACACUGCAUAUAUUUGUGAUUUCUGUGCUACAUUCCAUGUCUGUCUUUGAUACAUAUGACAGUUGGGAGGACAAUAUUUCUUAAAGAGAAGAUGGCGCCACUAUAAACAUUUGCCUGUGCCAUGACGGGCUGGGGCCAAUACCAUCCAGGCCCCUGAAGAAAGCCUACCGGCACUAUAGGCGUACACAUUAAAAAAAAAAAAAAAAAAAUUACCCCCAUGUUCACACUUUUUUUCUUUAUGAAACUCCAUUGCACUCAUUACCCAUCUCUCCUUUUGUACUCUCUCAGCCACCUCUCCCUCCAUGUUUCAAUGCUUCCUUUGAAUUAACAUCAUAAGAACAUCAGGAGUCUGCAAGAGGCCAGCAGCUCUAUAUAAGGCAGCUCCUGUAAACUUAACUUCACUAUCCAUGAAUUUAUUGAACUUUUUCUUAAAGGUCUCUAUCUUAUUGGCACUCACCUCAGGACUGCCAAGACUGUUCCACUCGUCCACCACUGUUGGUAAACCAAUUCUUGGCUGUGUCUUUGUAUCUGAAUUUAUCCAACAAACCCAUUACUACAUUUACCCAAUAUCCACUCAACAACUCAAUCUCCAUACCAGCAUUUUUACUGUUUAUGUCAUCACUCUCAGGGACCUUUCCUACUUUUAACUUCCUUUUUGCUUCCUCUAUCUAACUGCUCUCCCGCUCUCUGCAGAUAUGGCACCUACACUAAUCUUUACUUCAAUACUGGUCACAUCUUUUCCCUCUCACACACUCUUUCAUACCUCCUUUAUCUCAUUCCUUCCCUAUCACUCCCCUUUAUCCUGCAAGUGUCACAAUCUCCUAUAUAUCUUUUUUCUUCCUUUCUUUCAAGACAUUUUGCUGAUAUUUUCCUCCCAGUUUUCAUCUACUCUCUCUUUACUUUCCCUGACCAAUCUGUUUAGCUAUGCCUAACUGCCAUCUUUCUCUUCCAUUACUCUGUUGCAUUUUCUUGUGAGCUUUCCUUUUUUCACAACUACUGCUUUCAUCUCAUCUGUACCAUGCAUUCCCUGCUUACCCCUUCCACACACCUAAUAUAUAACUACUUCCUCAGUUGCCUUAACCAUUACUCAUAAUAUUUUCUUCUUGAUUUUUAACCCGGUAGCAGCGGGGAUCAUGUUUUUUUAAUGGUCUCUCCAAACGAUAAAAAAUCAUCCCUCACUUCAUAAUAUAUAUCAAAGCAUUUGUGAUCAGAUUAUGUAUCAUCUAUUUUUGGGGGUUUACAUCAUGGCACAAAUUUGGCCCGUCGCUGCUGCCAGGUUAAGUAAAUAAUACUUAUUUCUGAAGGUAUUUUUACAAUGGCUAAAUUCGGUUUUGCCGCUCAGUUCUGAAACAUUUUAUAAUUGUUAUAUUUUACUUGUUAAAUGAUCCUGUUUGUGUGUUCAGUAAUGUUCCAAUGGUGUUUAUUUAUUUCUUCUUUAUAUAAACCCAUUACUCAUUGCCUAAGAACACUUUUCCAAAUGGCCCCGUGGGCUUUUGACUCCCCAGUCUGCUGUUGUAGGAAAUGGGGUCACAUACAAUGAUAAUGUAACAUGUUGUAUUAUAAAUGAUAGCAAAAUGUAAAAGAAAGGCUUUCCUUGAAUAUCUAUCUUAAUAAUAUGAUUUUAAUAUUUAAUCAACGACGUGUUCAAAUCUAAACACAAACUUUGUGCAAACAUAAUUAAAAUUAAGUGUAUAUUACAUGACAAAGGUAAUCCUAAUAUUUGCUACACAUGGAACUAGAUUAUGUGAGGGGUGUCUGUGCCUGUUGUAAGAACAUAUUCUUUUAAUCAUGAUCUUAUAUUUUGCAUUAGUAGCGUAUUUUAUCACUGUACAGUAUGUUCACAUUAUUUAUGUACACUGCAUCAUAUUCAAAUGAAUUAUGUAAUAAAUGGCAGUAUGUUAUUAAU